AUGUCCAAUACACGCCCUAUUGAGGGCCAAACACACCCAGUACUGGAUACUGCGGUACCUACCAAUGAAACUACAUCCGAGACCACUCCGUUACUCGAUCUGGAGGCCCAGGCGGCCUCGUCGGGAGCGGUUACCGCCGAGACCGAGGAAGUGGUCGAAAAGCCGCCACCCCGGCUACUGGCCCGACGCCUGAUCUGGGCAAUCUUCUUAGGGCUAAUAGCCUUGCUUAUCCUCCACUUAUUCUUCCGCCAACGGACCCUGGUAAUGAGAGAUUUUAGACGGUGGCAUGGGCUCCACUUCCCCUAUGUGGACGUCAAGACGUCCUUCCUUCAAUACACCGGGAUCGCUAACCAAAGUCUGUCCCACGAACAGGCGAGCUAUAUCGGCGAGUGGGUUGAGCAAUUGAGCGAAUUACGCCGCCAGCUGCCCGUGAACUUGGCGUCGCUGGAUAACUCCGAUUUGACGCAAUUUGUGUUUGACCAGUUUAAACAGCUUGGUUUGACCACGGAAAUUCGUAAGACAUCGGUAAACGGACUCGAUACCCCCGUGGAUAGUGGUAUUUGGCUUAAAGCCAACGAUACCGAGCUUUACCACUCGUCGCUUCGAGAGAGACCACGUGAUCCUACUCCGGCCUAUUAUGGGUUCGGAGUCGACGGUACCGUUGAAGGUGACUAUGUGUGGCUUAAUUACGGCACUGCCAAAGACUAUGAAAAGGUUGACGUCACCGAUAAGAUCGUCAUUCUCCGGUUACGCACGAAUAAUACCACUCCGGUCUCCGAACUAGUACAUACCGCUGCCUCACGUGGGGCACUGGCAGUGCUUGUCUACGUGGACGUUACUGAUCACUCGCUGUGGCGUGCUCGCCUGGCGAUCCCUCGUGCUACCCUUACCGAUAUCUUUGGUGCUCAGCCGCCCAUCGUCGCCCUCCCUGUCGCCUACAACGAUAUCAAGCCGAUACUCGAUACCUUUGACCGGAAUGAAGCUCAGGAGCUUGAGGCAGUGCCUCAACCAGGGUACAUUCUCCGGGUAUCGGCUCAGUUCGAUACCCCCGAUGAAGACAGAACGGUGAAGAAUGUCGUCGGUACGUUACCUGGAGUGAUGAGUGAUGGUAAGGUAGUCGUUGGUGCUGCUCGCGAUGCCUUUGGUAAUGCCGAUGGCGUCAAUAACCAUGCGAUUAUCUUUGAGAUUAUUCGUCAUCUUCAAGAGCUCAAAAGAAUUGGGUGGCGCCCAAUGAGAACGAUCGAGUUUAUCCUGUGGGAUGCGCUGAACAAUGGGUUAGUGGGGUCGCGCCACUUCGUCCUGAACUCCAAAUACGAACACUUAGUGGGUUAUAUUAAUGUUGAGCCCCAACCAGUCACCGGAAACCAGUUCCAUGUGGACGCCUCGCCUUUACUUUACCACCUCAUCAACUCUACGCUGCGGUUCAUCCCCGUUCCAUUGACUUUACUCCACAAAACUGACGAAGACGACGAUAACGACGACUACGACGAUAUUUACGAUAAUCGUACCACGUUGCACGAGGUGUGGAAACAGCAGUCGCUGCUUGGCGCCAACGACGUGGUCUCUCAAUUAACUGGUAUCGAUGCCUAUACGGUGGGUGUCGGGCUUAAUUGUCCGGUGAUUAACGUCAAGUUUACUGCUAACUCUACUGAACCCUACGUGGCUAACUCUAACUUAUUUGGCCUUGAGUGGAUGCAAUCCGAAAACGUCGACACUGACUACGAGCGGCACUUGCUGUUGGUGCGCCACUUGGGGUUGCUUACGAUUCUGAUGAGUGAGCGCGAGAUUGUUGAGUAUGGGGUCGAGCACUACAUGCGCCGUCUCGCCGAUUAUCUUCGCCACUGGCACGCUCACGCCAACCCCAAGGACUUGGAGGCCACGGUGGCCACGUCGUCAUUUUCAGGAUGGCAAUUAGCGCUGCGGUUUGACACUGAUACCGUGACGGUGGAAGACAUCUACCAACAAGUAACCAAAUUGUUGGAUAAGGCGGUAGCAACGGGCGCCGAGAUCGACGCUGUGAGCGACGAGGCGCUCCAAGGGGUGCGUACCGACUACGCAUGGUACCGCUACCACAAAAAGCUUCUCCACUACGCCCAGUUUAAGGCGAGCAACUACCGCCUUUUGCGGAUUGAGGCCGGGUUCAAAUUAGAGGAGCGCGACCGCCACUAUCUCCACGUUGACGGUGACACUAGCUGGGACCACGUGGUGUACGCGCCGGGGCAGCAAGCGUUCCCGGGGUUAUGGGGCGCCAAUGGAGACAGCGACGCCGUCGCCCGGUGGUUGGUGGUGGUUUACGACAAAAUGUAUCGGUAUCACGAUUAUAGAGUCAUUUGA